UUUCCCCUCCCUCCCUCUCUCCCACACGCAUUCAUAGUCUACAGACCUACAGGCUGGGCGACCCCCCUCCCCCCCUUCCAUCAUUUUCCCAUCCCUUACUCGCUUCCCUACAACAAAUAUGGCCGCGAAAUCUGACGGUGCACCCGUCUCUCUCCGAAACGCAAUCCCACCCGAGUGCCCCUCCAGGUCGGACCCGCGGCUUCCCCAGCGCCGUCCCGCCGAGCAGCGCUAUACCCUCUCGGACUGCUGCUGGACGCUGUGCGCCCUUCUGGUGUUCUUCGCGGACGGGGCCUCAGACCUGUGGCUGGCCGCGGACUACUACCUAAGGAAGUACUACCCGCAGUUUGUACUGACUCUGGUCUUUGUGAUAGUCCCGUCCGUGGUCGUGCAAGUGUUGAGCUUCCGAUGGUUCGCCUACGAUUUCUCGGAAACCGUGGAAAGCGGCACUGCCGCGGCCGCCGUGGUGGCAGCGUCGGGAGCUGCGGAGCGCGACAUCAGCACCAAGGACAGCGGCGAGCGGGGCGCUGGCCGCUCUGCCGCGGCCGGGGUGCUGCCAGGGCCGGGCACCGGGGGAGGAGCCCGGGGGUGCUGCAGAGUCUUCGUCUGGCUCUUCCAGGCUCUCAUUCACAUCUUUCAGCUGGCACAGGUCUGGAGGUAUGUCCACGCCUUGUAUUUGGGCGUGCAGAGCCGCUGGCACGGAGACCCAGAGCGGCGUCACUACUAUUGGCGCAUGAUGUUUGAGAGCGCUGAUAUCAGCAUGCUUCGUCUUCUGGAGUCCUUUCUGAAGAGCGCCCCUCAGCUCGUGCUGCAGCUCACCAUCAUGAUCCGGGCCAAUCAGGUGCUGCCCCUUCAGGGGCUUUCAGCUUCUGCCUCACUGAUAUCCCUCGCCUGGAUGAUCUCCUCCUACCAGAAAGUCCUGAGGGACUCCCGAGACGAUAAGCUACCCAUGACCUACAAUGCAGUGAUAGUUCAGAUUCUGUGGCACUUAUUUACCAUCGGAGCUCGCACACUGGCGUUUGCCCUCUUUGCCUCCGUGUUCCAGCUCUACUUUGGCAUCUUCAUCGUGGCCCACUGGUGCAUCAUGACGUUUUGGAUCAUUCAAGGCGAAACGGACUUCUGCAUGUCCAAAUGGGAGGAAAUCAUCUAUAACAUGAUGGUGGGUAUUGUCUAUAUCUUCUGCUGGUUCAGCGUCAGAGAGGGGCGCACCUGCUGCAGGAUGCUCAUCUACAGUCUGACUGUGUUUGUUGAGAAUGUGGCGCUCACCACCUUCUGGUACCUGUACCGCAGCACUGGCGAGCGCCAGAGUACCUCAGACUUUUACGCUGUCGUGAUGGUGUGCGUGGUGGCCAGCAGCUACGCUCUGGGCACCUUCUUCAUGUUUGUGUAUUACUGCCUGCUGCACCCUGACGGUGCAGUUUCAGGGUGGAGUUACAUAGUGGAGAAGGAGGUGCCCGUGGAGGCUCUGGCCUCGCCAGCCUCCAGCCUCCCUCCUGACCUGGUAAGCAGCCCUCCCAGGACCCUUCAGAGAACUAAAGGGUCAGACAGAGAGCCGGGGAUAGACGGGGAUGUGUUUAAGGUGCGGCCACCUCGGGGAGCUCAGACCCCAGUGGCUAAUCUCACACCCAGGACAGAGGGCCCCGUCAUCCGGAUAGACCUGCCCAGGAAGAAGUACCCCGCCUGGGACGCUCACUUCAUCGACCGUCGGCUGCGUAAAACCAUCCUGGUGCUCGAGAGUGCUGCCCCCGUUACACCGAGGAUUCAGUACCGCUGCCUGGGCACUCCCAAAGAAGUGAUGGAGUACGAAACCACCGUGUAAUGCGCCGAUGGUGCUGUGACUCAGCUUGUUCCUGUGUGGACAUCCUGCCUUAAAUAAAAAUGGCAGGAGGAUGACUCUCACUGAGUGGUCAGUUUUAGCUCCACACUUACUUAACGGCUCUCUGUUCUGGCCACAAACAGCCACAGCAGGGGAUGGAGUGUUGUGUGUUUACUUUCUACAUGGGACGAGAUUCUGCGAUAUUGUCUGGUGACGGUGCAUAUUUUGGUUUCUGUAUCAUUUCUCAGGUCAGGAUGUGUUACAGAAAGAUAUGGAAGGUAGAGAGGAUCACAGGCAGGCAGAGAAGCGGAGCUGUUAUCAGUCAGAGGCAGAAAGUCCUCCUCGGCGAAGGUGCUUCAGCAAAUCCUCGUCAGGCGGUCGACAACAGAGACAAGCCUUCAACAUGCAUGAUUAUUUAUGGCAGCUAAAACGCAAACAUCACCGAGUGAGUAGGUAGACUCGCACUGCAUUUUUAAACACCAUCUUAUGUACACGAAGCACAGGUAGUGGUCUCCCGAAUCGCAAUUUUCCAUAGCUAUUCACUCAUGUUGAAGGAGUCUCUGAAAAUGCUGUUUCUAAUCCGAAGGGCACAUCAAAAGCAACAUUUGAGUUGAAUGUAAAAACAGUUGAAAAUGUGAUUAUUUGUGACAAGGCUUUGAGCAUUUUCACGCUGUUAGUGGGAUUGUCAUCAUUCCUGUGACACUAUAUUUGUUUUCUGUUUUUAAGGUAAGCUAUGUGCGUGUUUACAAGCAAUCUGUUAUUUUGGGGACAUGCCAUCACUAUUAUAACAAGAUGCACCUUCCUCCAGAAUGUGUAUGUACUGAACACUGCAUUUUACAGGCCUCGACAGCUGUAUUUUCAUACUGCAUCCAUCUUCCACAACAAAAACAAAACAGGACAGAUGAUAAUUUACAUGUAAAAUACUGUAAAAUGAAGAAGUUGUUGCAGAAGGACAGCACUGUCUGUAUUUGUACUGUAUUCAUAUUUUGUUGUCUGAACAGUGUUUAAAAAAUAGCUGCAGACUCCAGACUCCUAACAGAAUAGCUUUGAUAUUACUGAUGGUACAGGCAUGUAGUACUUUUGGUAGCCCUUUAUUUUGCCAGUCUGUGAUUUCCUAAUAAUUUCCUCAAAAGCUUUUUAGGACUAAUUUUGUAGUUUGGCACAAGCAGAUUAAUAACAUCCAGAGAAAUUUUAGUGAAAAUAUUAAAGCACAGCAUUAAAAUCACUUGUCUAACUCCUCUUCGCAGAUCUUUUGGGUCUUAUAGGGUGUGGGGCAUACCCCCUGUUAAUUGGGUGUGUGUUGACACAUCACUCUAGAGCACAAUCCUAUUAGGAUCUGGGAAAUUUGGAUGCCUGUGCUCCUCCUAGGGCUGCUUAUUGUGUUCCUUGAAAAUGAGAAAGGCCAUGUUUGGUGCAUGGUGCAUAGUCUGGUUUGAGGAAAUCACUGUUACAGUAGCAGAGAUGUGAACAGAGGCGAACAGACUGUUGCCUCUGUUCACAAAACAGACUCCUUUUGCGCUGUGUUGUGAAAGCCUAUUGGCCGAGAGUCUCCCAAAGAAUUAAUUCUGCUGACGACAAUCAGAAAGUGAUGACAAAGCUUUUUGGUGCCAUUCGUGGGCAGCUGAGAAUCUUCAGCUUCACUUUUAUAUAAAGAGGAAAGAAAGAGAGCGCUUGGAGAAAACUAAGCAAAAUCACAGGACUCUUGUAAAUUGUGGAAAUAUUGUACUUGUUACUUAAAUCCAGAGUCGUUCUUCUUUUGUCUGUAAGGGGCAGAUAUUUGAAAAAGGGACUUUAUUCUUUUGAGUAAAGCCAAAGUUACAUCCACGUGAAUUCCAGUCCACCCGUUACAGUUUUUUACAGGUUUUCUUUUAGUAUAUAUAAUUCAUUCAUUCUACGCUAAUUAUUGUAAACAGUGUUUUUUUAUUUGUAGACAAAUUGCCAACAGUUUUAUACGUUUUGUUGACCUCCUGAAGGUUUUGGAUGCAUUCUUGUAAACUGUGCAUGUGGAGACCGAAAGAAGGACUGGGUUUGCAGUCAACUAUCACCUGAAGAGGAUUUAGCUUUUUAGAAGCUUUUAUUUUAAAGUCACCUGCGUAAAACAGCGAUCAGUGCAUGUAACUGGAACUUUUGGCCCAGAUAUCAGAUGUGAGUGAGCCCUUUUUUUAUUACAAUUUACCCCAGUGUAAUAGCAGUUUACAAAUUCACCUAACAAAUUAAAGCUUUCCAGUUCGGACCCUUGUGGUUGCGACAAGCAGAGCAUCCAGCAUAUAAAAUCUGCCAAAUCAAACAUGCAGCACUACCUCCUGUCACGACCCCGUGAAUUAGGGAGCUGCUGAAAGUAGCACCACCCGAAUUUAAAUAAUUGUUAAAAAUGGACUGUUCAGCACAGUCCAUUUUUAACUAUAAUUAGUGACAAAUUACACGGAAUUAAAGUCAUUUUACAUGAAUCUUUUGAGGAAAUUAUUUUUAAUUAAUGGACUCAUAAAAUAAAGUUUUACCUUCCUUUCUUUUAUCAGGGUUGUUUUUCUAUAGAAUUGUCACACAGGAGAGAUUUUCUGACUUUUGUGUGUGCUAGUGUGUGUGUGUGUGUGUGUGUAUCUGUGUGUGUGUGUGUGUGCAAGCUCACAUACCAGCAUGUGUAUGGGUGUAUGUGGGAGAGUCCUGCCGUGUCCAUUUAAAUUAAUUUGAAGCUGUGUCUAUGACAGUUUUGUUGUAAACACCGUCCUUUAAGCUGGUUUUUCCCAGAUGGCAGAAACAAAAGAGAAAAAAAAGCCCACAGAGCACCUUUACCACGCCUGCUGCAGUCAAAGAAAAAAAAAAAAAGCCAGAGAGGCUUUGAUUAUGGUGCUAACUCAAUCCAUCAAUAACAACCACACAAUGUACCAUAAAAUGAGUUGGUUGUGGCAGGAGUUGGGUGGGGCUGUACCUCAAACACAAAAGCUAGAAUCUAAAAGCCUUAAGCUGGUCAUGCCAGACUGUUGCUGUUCAGAGCAAGAAAAAAAAAGACAGAACAAGAAGAUGGAGAUGAUUUCAUGAUGUUGUUGUUGCUAAAAUAAAGAGCAGUGUGUUUACCUGA